AAAAUCAAAAUCAGUAGCAGGAAGGAGAUUUCAAAAACUUAUCUCUUCUCCCAAUUACCACCGUCUCUCCCCCACUUUUCUUCGUCUUCUAGACUCAGCACCCGGUUGUAUAUUGCUAGAUAAGACGAAGGCCCCCGCCGGAGCUAGGGUUUUGGAAUUUUUUUAUUAAUUUUUUUUGGCGGAAAACGGUGCCGUUCCUUGUGAUGGGCGACGAGAAGACGGCGAUCGUGAUGGCUAGUAGAGACAGAGAUCGAGAGCUUCUCAUUCCGGUCGCUGAUUCCGUCGACGUUGACAACUCCUCCUCCUCCUCCAAGCCUUCCCCUUCUUCCUCUUCUUCACACCACGCCGGUCGUGAGACUUUUUACAAAGUUGUUAGGAGCUGGGCUUCAAAAAAGUUCAUGACAGGAUGUGUCAUCCUGUUUCCGAUCGCAAUCACUUUCUACAUAACAUGGUGGUUUAUUCACUUUGUGGAUGGAUUUUUCUCUCCAAUUUAUGUUCAGCUGGGAAUUGACAUUUUUGGUCUUGGAUUUGUAACAUCAAUAACAUUCAUCUUCUUGGUUGGGGUGUUUAUGUCAUCUUGGUUGGGAGCGUCGGUCCUUGGCCUUGGUGAGUGGUUCAUCAAACGGAUGCCAUUUGUUCGACAUAUCUACAAUGCCUCUAAGCAAAUUAGUGCUGCCAUAUCACCAGAUCAAAACACUCAAGCCUUCAAGGAAGUAGCCAUUAUAAGGCAUCCACGUAUUGGUGAAUAUGCGUUUGGGUUCAUUACUUCAUCUGUUACUCUCCAGAACUAUUCUGGUGAGGAGGAGCUAUGUUGUGUCUACGUGCCCACUAAUCAUCUUUACAUUGGUGAUAUAUUCCUUGUCAAUACCAAGGACGUCAUCAGACCAAAUCUAUCAGUCAGGGAAGGAAUUGAAAUUGUGGUUUCUGGAGGGAUGUCCAUGCCCCAGAUACUCUCAACACUAGAGACACCUGUGCCCCUGGAUAGAAGUAGAUCCACAACAUAAGCUGAGAACGUGACAGUAUUUGGUUUCAUCGUGAGUCAAUGAAUGGCCAACCGACCAUCGUUUCAGUAAUUCCAGAUUUGGGAUUAGAUUUUAAUUUCCCUUUUUUUUUUUUCUUGGUUGUGUCACAUUAUGCUAUAAUACGUAACAAAAUUUUAUUUUUUUUGGGUAUUUAGCCUUCCAUAAUGUAGCAUUGCUUGUUGCAUAGAAUAUAUUUAGUGCUUGAUUAGAAAUAUAGUUUUGCCUUAACU